AAUUUCGAAACGGAAGUAAAUUUUAGACUGUACCAAAAAUGGCAGCGGUGCGUGGUGUAAAUCUGCUGCAAAGCGAGCUUGAAAAAGCUAAGGAGGGUUUGAGAGGGCUUGAUGAUAACAUCAGAAAGCUAACAGGAAGAGAUCCAGAUGUACCAAGGCCGCAGGGACCAGCUCGUAGAGUCUCAGUGGGGAAUACAUCAAGGGAAUUUCAACCCAGGGGAGAAGGCAACACAAGGAUGGCUGAGAAUCGCUUAUUCAACAUUGCAAGAAGAGGGAUUCAACCAGGAGACCAGCGACCCAGACCAAGUAGAGGAGGAGCCUUUGCAAGACUGGGUCCAAUGCGUCGAGGUCGAGCACGAGGACAGGACAGCGGGGAUGAGGAGGACACCAGAAACAGACCCGCUCUCCAGUCAUCAGUGGUUGCCACUACCCCCCGGGAAGAACGUUCAAGAACAGUCUCAAUUGAGGCACAAAAUAAGGACAGCAGAGGACAGGCCAGAAACAGAAGAAUGUUUGGCAUGAUACUAGGAACGCUUCAGAAGUUCAAAGAUGAGUCGAAAGAAUCUAAAGAUAAGGAAGAACAGAGGGUCAAGAUAGAGAAGAAGCUAGAGGAGAAAUUCCUGCAGGAGAAAGAAGAGAUAAUUCAGGAGAGAAGAGAACUCUUCCUGGAGAGGCGGCGCAAACAAGUCCGCAUUCGUACCAUCGAACAGAAGAUGGAGAUGGUUCAUAAUCAUGAAAACUGGGAGCGAGAAACGAAGAAGUUACAGAACUUUAUCCUGACUAAGGCCAAACCCUGCUUGUUUUACAUGCCCAAAAUCCUUACAGAAGAUUCAGAAUCUAAACUGGAGGACACCAAGUCAGCUGUUGAUGCUAUGAUAGAAAACCGCCGCAAAAAACUUGAAGAAGAGAUCAAUGAGAUGAUGAGCCAUGUGGGAGGUGACAAAGACGAUGAAGGGGAAGACGACGAUGAUGAAGACGAUGAGGAGGAGGAUGAUGGUAGUGGAGAGGAGGAAAGUGGGGGAGAGGAGGGGGUGAAAAGAGAUGGGAAGGAGAACAGGGAGAAAGGGGCUGGAGAGGGGGUGGAGGAGAUGGAGGGGGUGAGUGUUAGUGAGCGUGAAUUGAGGGAUAAAGAGAGGGAGCAAAGGGAUCGGGACAGGAGGAUGAAGGAGAAACAAAGGGAGGAAAGGAUCAGGGGAAGGCAUGUGAGUAAGGAGGAGGUGGUGAGGGAGGAUAGGAGUGGGGGAAGAGGGGAUAGGAGUGGGGAAAGGGAGGAUAAGAGUGGAGGGAGGGGGGAAAAGAGUGGGGAGAGGGAGGAUAGGAGUGGGAGGAGAGGGGAUAGGAGUGGGGAAAGGGAGGAUAAGAGUGGAGGGAGGGAGGAUAGGAGUGGGGGGAGGGGGAAUAGAAGUGGGGAAAGGGAGGACAGGAGUGGAGAGAGGAUUAGGAGCAAGAGUGGGGAACACAGGGAGAAACCUAGAGAAAGAGAUAGGAGACAUUCUAGGUCGAGGUCUAGAAGUAAGGGAAAACAUAGGUCGGGGAGUAGAGAUAGGCAUAGGUCAGGCAGGAGAGAGAAGAGAGAUAGACAUCGUAGUGAGGAUGGAUCUAAGUUAAGAAGAAGGUCAAAGGGGGAGGGUUCUGGUAAGGCUGAGAAAACUUCAAAAGUGUGGGAACCAAUGGAAGAUGAAGAGGAGGAAGAGUUUGUGGGAUCCAAAGAGCAGGACCCUAUCAAAGAAUCAGGUGAUAGUAUUCAGAGUCGAAUGUUAAAAAUUGCAGGUAUUGAAAGAGUGCCAGGAAUUUUGGGAAAGAAUGAUGCGAAUGAGCGUGGGAAAAUUGGGGAGAAUGAAAAACAGAAUAUGUCCGCUGAAAUCCCUCGAUCAAUAAAAACCAAUUCUGAAGAUGAGCAAAAUUUUGUGGACUCUGAAAUGAGCGAGGCUGUCAAGUGAUGACAAGUACAUAAGUAUUGUUUUCGGGGCAUGUAUAUUAUUUCAAGUCUUUGCUGAUGCAACUUUUCAUUACAAUAUGAUUUCCUCAUUUAUUUAAAACAUUGAAUUAUUCACAUUCAUAAAUUAAAACAAUAAGCAUGUUUCCCAGUCACUUUAAAUGGGCAAAGUAAUGCCAUGAUAUCAAAAUUUCAGAACUUAACCAAAGGAUGAUAGUAAAUUGUUCAAUCUAAUUAUUACUUAGGUUUUGUUUUACACCUGGUUGUAAAUAUUUCAAAAGCAUGGUUUAACAUGUACAAGCUUUCGCUAUAAAAAACAACCUUAAUUUUUGUAAUAAAUCAGAUAGAUGCUGAAAUACCAUCCCAGCCUAGGUUAAAAUGAAAAAUUUCUCUUUACACCUCAAGAGGUAAAAAAUGUUAAUCUUAAAAGUUUAUUGAUAAAAGGCUUUAAAGAAUUGAAGUACCGGUACUGAUAAUAAAAACUUAAGAGCACUUACCUUUGGUUGAUGCCAUGGGCAAGAUGAUCAUUAAUUACAAAUGAAUUACAAUAAUUAUGAAUUUAACCAGAAACUGGUAUUUCAUGGGUUUUCACACACUGGGGCCCAUACUAAGAUUCUUGGGGUAAAAAGCUUUAAAAAUAGUACUCCUGAUUACAACAAUCCUGCAGUAAUGAUAUGAGGCCAUUGGUGCACUUGAGGGUUUAAAUUUUAGCUUUUAAGACUUUUCAAUGGAAAAUGUACUUCCGGAAUAAGUAAAAUAAUUUCCAUGCGAAACCUUUGAAUUUGACGUUUUCAUCUGACAAAAAAAUAGAUAAAUAUCCUUGAUUUUGGCACCAAAUUUGUAAUACCUGCUGCACAAAUGUACAGUCUAACCCUGUUGGCUAGAAUUUGCCUGGCUUGAUUUCCUUAUUGACUUCGAUUUUUGCGAAGCUUGAUGUAUUUUCGGCGGACCCUGGGAAUUCGAGCCAACUGGGUUCAACUGUAUAUGAUACAAAUCAUUAGCGCUUUAAUAUAAAAAAAGUAAUCUAUAUUUAAACAGAUGCUUUUUAUUUUAUAUAUAUGAAAUCUUCCCCCUUUAUGUUUUUCAGCUAUUUUCCAGCACUAUUUCAUUAAUAUACAUGUAUGUAUGUAUUGGUAUGUCAGUUCUAGAAAUUCAGAGCCUGAAAUUUCUCCUUCUUUCAGCUAGGGUGAUUUUAAAUCGACAAUAUGUUUAACAUGUGAACAGUCUUGUACUAAUGUACUAGGAAAUAAUUACUGGUAUGAGGAAAUUAUGCAAGUAUAUUGAACAGUGAUUAAAUGUCUGGUUGUAAUCAACCGCACAUCUCAGUUAUAUAAAACACAACUAUGUCUGUUCUUUAAUGUGUUUUUUUCUUGUUUCUGUAGAAAAUCUUUGAAUAAAGUCUGCUGCAUUUCAUCUUUUAUUUCUGAAAUUCUCAAUGUUUUUUUGUUUUAUUUUGAUAAAUAAACUGUCUGCUAAACUUGCAGUUGUUCAAAUGAUUAUCAUCUUAAAGCAUUUUCAGAUUUUAUUUAUAAUACAAGGGAAUGAUAUGAAUUUAUUUUGCAUCAUUUUAUUUUUUAAAAAUAAGCAACAUAAAAAAACAUACUAAAAAACUAACAUUUAAAAAAAUGCUGUCAAAUUUUCUUUUCGUCAUUUGCAACUGUUGUUAUGUACUGUAGAUAUAAGAUAUAUUUGUGUAAAUAUGUUCAUUGUAAAUAACUCUUCUUUUGAGCGUACAUUUUAAUAAA